AGAAACACACAGCGGGGAGAGACAGGCGAGCAGAUCUCAGGUAAGAACAGCUAAAAAACAUUAUUUAACCAUUUUUCAAAGAAUAUAAUUUAGUCUGUAUUUAAUUUUGAACAAUGAAUAUAACACAUUUACUUUCUUUAGCAGGUAAAGGUCUGAAGGUUAUUCCACAGUAAACUAAUUAUCUGACUCUUCAUGCUAAAUGUGCCAAAUAUGAAUAGUAAACUACAGUAGUGAAAAUGUUUUUGUAAUUAGAUUUGUUUUUAGCUGCAGAGGAAGUGAGGCCAUGGCCCUGACAGGGUCUUUGCAAUAACACUGUCAUGGACUCACGACAAAAACAGGUUUUUCACAGACUUUUCAAAAACCUGGAGAACUGGUUUACUCUGCAAACAGCCAAGGCAAAAACACAGGAAGAAUUAUUCAGUUAGAGGUUCAACAUCUGGUUGUUGUUUUGUUCACUCAUCAGAUAUGGCAGAAAGAGAGUCAUUAUCUGUUGGUAAUGGACAGUCAGCAGUGGCUCAGUCAGUGCAGAGUGGUGUUGCGCCGCCCUCUGCAGGGGCCCACUCUGUACUGCAGGACGGACUAAGCUUCACUCCCCUGGAUUUCAACUGUGACAGGGUCGUUCAACCGUUCCCACGCUCACCAAAGCUACAGAGGAAGAAAGCCAAAGAUGGAAAGCCCUCUCAGGAGCAGCUGUCCAGACGUUUGGAGGAUCUACAGGCAGAAAGAGCCAAGACUGAAGCCCACAUCCAGUCUCUGAAAAAACGCAGCACAGAUCUCUCUAGGAGCACAGAGAUGAUGAAGCAGCAGGUCCGUGAGCGCUUUGACAACAUGGUGGCCAUCCUAAAGCAGGACGAGCAGGCCGUCUUAGACUCUCUGGAGCUGGACUUGAGACGGACCAGAACCAGACUGGACCAGGUUCUGAAGAACUGGAAACAGCACCAGGACCAGGUCACCAAGAGCAUCAGCAGCACCCAGAGCGCACUGAGCAAGAGCUCGGCAGCAGAGGAAGACGGGAAGGGUCAGUCUGAGAAUCUGAGUCCAAAGAAGCCGGACGCCUCUGAAAAGCAAAUCAGACUGAAUGAGGAGAGAUUCGAGAAGCUUCUUAAAACAUUAUCCUCCAUCUCCAGAAACCUGAGAGCCCAGCUGCAGAGGAAGACUCUACUGUUAGAUUCAUCCCCUGUGGUGAUUGACAGUCAGACGUGCCAUAGCCAGAUCACAGUGACCUGCGAGGGGCGGGGCAUGUCCUUCUCAGGCUCUGGCCGCUCAGCUCCGGAGCAUCCUCUUCAGUUUGACAGAGUAUGCUGUGCUCUGGGUUCAUCUCCCCUCGCGGCAGGUCAGAGUUACUGGGAGGUCGAUGUGCGGUGCUGCUCCACCUGGGCUGUGGGCGUAGCCUACACCAGCCUGCAGAGGAAGGGGCGGGACAAGGGUGCCAAACUGGGCCGAAACAGGAACUCGUGGUGCGUGGAGCUCAGGGACAGUAAUCUGUCUGCCUGGCACAACGACCGGCAUGUAUCGUGUCAAGGCGUCGGGCAAACAGCGCUAGGAAAGGUGGGAGUAUGGGUCAGGUAUGAUAAGGGUCAGCUGAUAUUUUAUGACGCAGACAACAUGGUUGUCCUGCAAAGGUUUUCAGCAGCCAUGACACCUGUGUUCGACAGGGCUCAUCACCAGUUCACUGAGCCCCUGUACCCCGCCAUACGCUUCCUGAGACCACCACAGAACCAGGUGUGGGCGAACCACCUGGAGAUCUGUCAUCUCAACACCCUGUGAUGUUCAGGGCUGUCUCAUGCUGGACAGUGAUGUGGACUCUACCUGAUGUCCUGCUAAUGAUGAUGUACAGUCUUUUUUAUUAAGUCGGAACAAUUGUAGAGUUGAACGUACCAUGAUAAGACAAACUAACCUGAAGUCAAUGUCCAGCAGCAGAGUCUUCAUUGGCUCAUGUUUGUGCUCUAGGUUUCGCAGCUUGAUCAGCUCCUGGAGUCUGACACAAACACCAACAAUCAUCAAUAAAAUCCAUUUCUUUAAAAUCUUAGUCAUUUGACUGAAUUUUGUUACCAACACUGAAAUUGUUUUCAUUGAUUUUUAUGACUAAUGCCGAUAGCAGAAACUUCUGACAAUAACUGUUUUAAAUAUGACAAAUUUUUAAUAUUGUAUUUUAUUUGUUAUUUUCAUUAAAAUUUUACUGGUGAAAAACCUCUAAACCACCUCAGGACACUAACUGUCCACUGACCAAACUGAGUACGUGUGAUUAUAUUACUAUUAUACUACUCGGCCACCAGAACACGCUUAUUUUUCUGUUCUUUGAACACUGCACAUGAAAAAAAAAGAAAACAACU